AGAUCUUGUGAUAGCCCUUACCUUGGGGGGGGAACCACGCCCUCGAAUCGUUCUGAGGUUUGUUUUCUUUUCAUAUUUGUAACCAACAAGUCUUUCUGCGGUCGAGUAUUUUAGAUUCCACUGAGCUGUGGAGUAUGAGGACACAAUGAAGCGGCGCUCGGACGAUCAGGAAACAGCGUUUGGGUCUCUUCGGCGGCCCAGAGGUGCGGAAAGCUUUCAUCACCGUGUUGUUGCCGCUGCAUCUUCCAUCUACUCUCAGGUCCCUCAGAAUUUUCAGGUGCCCUUGGCUCAGAGCUCUGGAGGACAUGGACACAGCGACAGUCCUGCAGUGCACACUGGCGCACAUCAUCACGGCCCCGUGGUCCAGCCUACAGGAGCCGCCGUGGGUCAGGGUCACUCUCAUGCCCCGCCUGCUUCUGCUCCAACACCAGGCCAGCAGCAGUUCCAGAGGCUUAAGGUGGAAGACGCUCUUUCCUACCUUGAUCAAGUGAAGCUCCAAUUCAGAAAUCAGCCGCAAGUUUAUAACGACUUCCUGGAUAUAAUGAAAGAGUUCAAAUCUCAAAGCAUCGAUACACGAGGCGUGAUUAACAGAGUGUCACAGCUAUUUAAGGCCCAUCCAGACCUCAUCAUGGGCUUCAAUAAAUUCCUGCCCCCCGGCUACAAGAUAGAACAUCCAUACACCAGGCGUGGUUAACAGAGUGUCGCAGCUAUUUAGGGUCAUCCUUACAACAUGUUGAAUGCAACAACCCCAGGCCAGAUCCAUCCCAUCACGCCGCAUGGUGAUUCAGUACAGAACAUCCCCAUAACGCAGCAGGCUCAGCACCAUACCAUGAGGCUGUUAAAACAUAGUCAUGAAAUGUAAAUUGAAAUACAAUAUAAAGAUUCUUUGUAUAGACCUAUUUCUGUUUUUUAUGUAUUUGAUUAUUUAUUACCUAUAUGGAAUCAGGGCUUGUGUUUUGUGUCAGUGGUUGCAAUCUGCAAUUGAGUGGUUCUAAGUCACUUGUGUGUUUGUGAAAUAAAUAGCAAAAUCUGUUCACUUUACAAAUUUUCUCAUGAAGCGACUAAAGACUCAGCUCUUCCUGAGUACUUGAAUGUCCAUGUAGUAAUACCCUCAGAACUUGCUAUCUGUGUGGGUUUCUGCUUGGUUCUUUGGUUUUCUUCCAAUGUGUUACUGUAUGAGGCCCUGUAAUGGACUUGGUUGUAUUCCUGCAUGACGGGAUAGGCUCCGGAUCCACCACGACUCUGACCAGGACAAAGCGCUUACUGAAAAUGAAUGAUGACCUGGGGUGUCUGAAGGUAUUAUUUAUUGUUACGGGAGUAAUUUGUUAUUGUAUCUAAAUUUUGGGCAUUGUUAGUGGAGCACUGUAUUGUACUAGAUCUUACUCCAAUUUGGUUGUGUCUCUGUGUUCUUUCUACAAAUAUUUUGCACAUAAUCUUUAAUUUAUCUAUGAUGCGACCAAAGACAAAGCGACUGAUUAUAAUUAAAAAUAUAUAUAUUUAAACAAAUAAAGAAAUAAACCAACUUUAAAACUGA